UUUUGCUUCAAGACUUUGAACUUUUCUCGGUUGGAGUUUUGUUGUAUGGUUUGCUGUUCAACAUAGCUGAUGUGGGAAUAGUUGAAUGUUUGAUAUCGUUUACGAGGAACAAGUGCCUGUCCACAGUUGUACGGAUACAAUAACAGGUUUAUGAAUCCAAGACAGAUGUGAGGGCAAAAUGUUGUAUAAAACAGCCUUCCCAAUCUCCCUCCUACAGUACCUGUUCUACACCAGUGAAGUUGCCUUAUACCCUGUUGUUUGGACAGUGAACCAGUUGACAACUCCAUUCUUCCUUUCUACAAAAGAAGAUCAUUGGGAUUUAGAGAUAAUAAUAAAAAAAAUAGUAUACCCACCAUUAAUAAUACUGUUUUUAUUGGUAUUUGGAAUUCCAGCUAUUUUUGGAGUUACUUUACGCUGUUUAUUACAUUUAUUCCGUAGACCCUAUGUUUUAUCUGUGGAGAAAUCAUUUCAUCCUCCAUCUAUUAAUGAAAGAAGAGCAAGCAUAUCUGUUGGAAGACUUCAUCCAGAUGGCAGAAGGAAUUCUCUUCUGAGCAAGAGUUUGAGUAAAACUUUCACCAUUAGCUCUGCUAACUUGUGCCUUUUACCUGAGCUUUUAUCUAGAAUAAACAAUUUACCAAACACUGAUCACAGAUCAUGGAAAAUAGGAGAGAGAAUUGUUAUAGAUCAGUUUUUCUUUCAAAAUUCAAUGAAUUCCAUUCAGUCAUUUUCACCUGUUCUAAGGAAAAAUUCUGGUACCUCACGAUCAGAGAAAACAGUUUUUGAACCAGGUCAUAAUAUUUUGACUCAUUUUCCAAAGCUUGACUUUGUGUGUCUUCAGGAAACAUGGGAUAGGGACUACAGUCAUAAACUGAUGAGUGAACUGCAUAAAGUGUUUCCAUGGAUACUGUAUGAUGUAGGAAAAACAAAUCUAUGGACAAAUAGGUUUAUGUUAAACAGUGGUUUAAUGCUAGCUAGUAAAUAUGAAAUCCUUGAUGCUGAUUUCCAUCCUUAUACUGACAGCUUCUCACAGUGUCUCUACAGUUCAAAGGGGUUGUUAAUGACAAAGGUACUGCUUUCCAGCACUGAACACCAUGAUGAAGUUGGAUAUAUUUUCACUACACAUUUACAGGCAUAUCAAGGAAUGGAAGACAUAAUACAAAAACAACUAGAUGAGAUAUUGUCAUGGACCAAAAAGUUCCGCAAGGAAUCAGUCAAAUCAGAAGAUAUUGUUGUAUUUGAUGUGUUAUGUGGGGAUUUCAAUUUUGACAAUAUUUCUCCAAUUGAUGAACCUUGUACAAGACAUAAGUUGUUUGAUGUGUAUGAAGAUGUGUGUCGUAUCAGUCCAGGACAAGAUCAAGAUUGGACAGUAGGUACAGAGAUGAGACAGAUGUGUCUUUGGGAGGAACAAAUUUCCUCUCCAGAAGGUCUUAAAGAAGCUUUAGAGGACCCCAUUCUAAGACAUAGAUAUGUAGUAGAUAGUAAUAUAAAGGAUGGUACCAUGAGGGAAAUCUGUAAGACCAAACCCUUGGAAGACCAGGAUGUUAAAACCAAACUGAUGGGUGUGUCUGGUAAAAGGAGAAUUGAUUAUAUUCUGUACAGAAAAGAUACCCCAUUGGCCGUACAGAAUUUCAGCUUUGUUACUAGACUAGCCACACUUACUGACCACAUUCCAGUCACCAUGACAUUUUCUAGUCAACAGUAACUGGACAAUGAAAAGAUGAACAUAAGGAGGGAACAGAGUAGAUAGUAUAUCUAACUAUCAUCAUAUCAAUAUUAAGCACAUUCAGGUCACAAUGUUAUUUUCUAGUCAAUAGUUAAUUUUAAUGUAACUGUAAGAGGCAUUGCAAGGGAGAGAUAAAAGAUGAAAAAAUGUGGGAAUAAAGAAGAUAUUAUAUCUAAUUAUUAUCUUAUCAAAAGUAUUAUAAAAAGCUGAAUUAUGCAAAACUUGUUUUUAUUUUUAAAUGCAAAGAUAUUACAUAUUUCAAAGGGUAUUUUAAGAUAUAUUUGUUCUUUUUUUAAUCUUUCAUUGCUGUGAGAGCUUGCAGAAGUCUAAUUUGCAUUCAGUAGAAAUAAAAGUGUCUUCAUUUUGAAGAAAAAAGUAUUUAUAAGCUUUAUUCAGGUUAUAUUUUAUUUUUAGACUUCUAUGGAAAAGUUAAAUGUUUAUGGACCAAGCUUAGACCAUUCUAUUAAUAACACACAGGUGUAUAUAUAUAUAGAGAGAUAUUCAAGAAUUAAGAUUGAGGUUUUUUUUUUCUGUGAUGAUUAUUAUUUUAAAUGAUAGCAUUAUUUAUUUUCUUAUUCCAAUCAAAAAAAUACAUUAUGGUGAUAUAUAAUUGUAUAUUUUAAAUUUUCAGCCUUAAUAAUUUAAAUACCUUUUACAACCAAAAAUUAUAUUUUGGUUAUAUUUAUUAAAAUUAUCAUUGAUUAUCUCAACAGAAUUGAUUUCCUUGUUUGAGCUGUUACAGCGAAAGUGAGAAAAGCAAUUUUUGAGAUGACCAAUGAUAAUCAGUUUAUUGUUAUUAACCUUUGAAGACAUUGUUAAUUUUCUUGACAUUGGCACGUAUUACCUUAGUUUCUGGCAAUAAUUUUCAUAUCACUCAACUUUAUUUUCAUAUCACUCGACCUCGAUGAGAAAGGAAAUUAUCAAUCAGCAAGAUCAAAGGAAAAAUUCGUAAAAUAGCGAUUAAUGAUUUGACAUUCAUUUUCUUAUUGAAAUAUUUAAAAUUCAUUUUCAAUUUGCCGUUUCAGAAUCUAAUGCAUUCUGGGUAAUAUUUUCCAAAAAAUACACCAAAACAUUGUGAUUUACAAAGUGAUCAACAAUGAAAAUUCAACCAAUGACGUAACGUUAUUUUCAUUUUGGUGUACGAACAAUGAGAUUACACAUGAAAAGGCGAUUGGCGAUAUGUAUUUUUAUUUUAGAUUAAAACAUUAUUAAUUUAUUUUUUUAGCAAUCAAACACUUAUACAAACAUGUGCAAGUGUUGUAAUUGUAUAUUCUAAAGGAAACUAAAUUUAUUUCCUUUGACAAUAGAAAAUAUUCUGUUAUUUUAAGAAAAUAUUUAAGAAAUUUACAAGAAAGAGUUCAUUCUAAGAGUUAUAUUUUUUGUACAUGUAUGAUUUUAUAUGAAUAAUUACUGUGUAUUAUUUAAUAAUAAUUAAUUACUGUAUAUUCAUAAUAUUUUGUGCAUUUAAUCACUAUUGUUAAUCAAUUGACAAAAUGGCUGUUCAAUUAUAACAAUUUCAGGACAUUCUGCAUGCAAAUAAAGCUAUAAAAAUUUCAAUGGCAAGGCCGUAACUAGGCAUCUUAUUUUAGUGAGGCAAAAUAAUUGAGCCGAGCGAAGCGACGCGAAAUUUUUUUUUGGAGGGUAUGAAUUGAAUGGUGCAAAAUCCUGCAUUCUAGGCAUUUUUAGAGAGUUUGAUAAUGUUUUGAAUUUGAACACUUUUUAUAUAAUUUGUUUUAUAUUUUAAGACUUUUAAUUACUAACACCAAAUUUUUAACAACUGUAUUUAAAUUUAUAUGAAAGAUAAUCAUCCAAAUAUCACUGAUUUGAGUCUGCUGCUAGAACAUAGAACAUAGAACAAACAUCGAUUCAGUAGAGUUUGCCAAAUUUUUCUAUGGCCGGUUCAGUCAAAUCGUUUCAGAAUCAUAAUUUGGUCUGCUGAUAUCCUUCUCGCGAUGAACAUGGAGCAUGGCAAACCGCACAAUCUCUCGACACUCAUGCAUGCUCUUUUUCAAGUUUUCAGUCGUUUCAGGGCAGUCUGUGUUUCUAAAGGUAGCACAUUAUCAUCAACACAAUGAUAAAUGUCUUCUUCCAAUUCCUUCUCCAUCAGCAAUUCGGUAGCAGCAUCGGUAGUAACAGUUUUGUUUGCAAAGGGGAAUUAAGCUUUCCUGUAAGCACCAUCAUACAGUCGCAGUUACAAAAUAUUCAACUCGCGUUUAUGCUGACAAAGAGUAGGCAAACUAGGAAUAGAAUGAUAUAAGAUACAUGUAUAUGAUUCUAUCUAUAGAGUAUAUGAUAUGGGUACAGGGGAAUUGGAAUGGAGGUUUUGACGUUUACAUGAAGUUCCGUAAUUUCAAAUUAUUUCUGGAAAUAGUUGGGGGUAUUUUAGUUCCAGAAUCUAUAAAUUUAGGGGUUGGGGGUGUCCGAUUCCGAAAUCCCGAAUAUAAAGAAACGAAAUUCCGUAGUCCCGAAUAAGAAAAGACAAAAUCCUGUGUUAAAGGUUUUACCAUUCCUCAAUAAUAUGAAAUUGGAAUAUGGAAUAUUCUUUCAUUUUUUAAGGUUAAAGAAACAUCAUCAUGGAUAAAAGUCAUUCCAUGCAUUUAUGUUUCAUAUUAUUUAUAUUUUAUUUAUCUGUAAAGAGAAAGAUUAAAGUUCGAAAAAUAAAUGCGCAGACAGGACUGCCCCUUUCCGAAGACCAGUACUUGAUUUGUCAGUCUACUUAUCCUAAUGAAGUUAUAUGCAAUACUCAGACUCUGUUCACAAAAAAUAA